AGGGAGCAGCCAUCCAUAGCUCAGCAAAGGGAGCUGUCUGUGGCCAACAGGAUUGCAGAAAACAGAGCCUUUUGGCACAAGGGAUCCCAAACUGCAGCAGUGCCUUUACCAGGGUCUUCUCUUCAGCCUCUGCAGUCUGUUUUAGGUACUGAUUUUAAAGUAUUUUCCUCCGAUUUAUAUAUUACUGGACUUUGAAUUGAAGAUGGGGAUGAGAGAUUAUAAACUGAUUUAUUUUAUGACUCUUGCUUUGCUUCUGAGUGCUUGUGCUUCAGAAGCACAAAGAGAAAGUCCAGGGCAGAAAGAGCAAGACAAGACACCUGAAAAAGAGGAUACUUUUGAUCAAGAUGAUUCACAACAAAGCACACAGCAAGAAGUCCUCCCUCUGGAAGAUGAAGAAUCCAUGGACACACAAACUACAAGUCCUGUGCCCUUCACAGAUAUGCACAAUUCUUCACUGGCUGAAACUGGAAACAUCACUGACAUGACUACUGAACAGGUCACUAAUGGCAUUCCAACAAAAAGGAGCAUCACAAAAAUCCACAAUCCUUUGUUUCCCAUCACUGACAGCUCUUACAGUGCCUAUGGGAUUCUUUUUCUGGCUUUUGUGGUGUUUGCCUUCGGCAUCGUGGGUAAUCUGGCGGUAAUGUGCAUUGUUUGGCAAAAUUACUUCAUGAGGAGCGCGUGGAACUACUUUCUUGCGAGUUUGGCUUUUUGGGAUUUUCUGGUGUUAUGCUUCUGUCUGCCAGUGGUGGUCUUUAACGAACUCACCAAUAAGAGACUGCUGGGGGAUUUCUCCUGCAGAGUUGUGCCUUACAUAGAGGUAACAUCUCUUGGAGUGACAACCUUCAGUCUGUGUGCUUUGGGCAUUGACCGCUUCUACGCUGCCACAAGCUCCCUGCCAAAGGCCCGACGAGUUGAGCGCUGUCAGAAGGUCCUGGCCAAGCUGGCCGUGGUGUGGAUUGGCUCCAUGGUGCUUGCAGCUCCUGAGCUGCUCCUGUGGCAGCUGCAUCAGGUGACACCAGCUACUCUGGGUGACCAAGUGGACACCUGCAUCAUGAGUCCAUAUCCAGAUCUCCCUGAAUCCAUCUAUUCUCUCAUUAUCAACUACCACGACGCACGCAUGUGGUGGUACUUUGGCUGUUACUUCUGUCUACCUGUCGUCUUCACCCUGCUCUGUCAACUGGCCACCUGUCACGUGUCCGGCGGCAGUGGAAGUUCUCCCAAGCGGCCCGAGGAGCGAUCCCCAUCCAAAAAACAAAAGCUUCAGCACGCUCAUCAGGUCGAACGGCAGCUCAACUGUACGGUCAUGGCUCUAGCGGUGGUCUAUGGUGUCUGUACGCUGCCGGAGAACGUUUGCAAUCUGACCUUGGCGUACGCUCCCAUCCAGGUGUCCGAGGAGGUGUCUUCUCUUCUGGCCCUCAUAAACCAGUUUUUCCUAUUCUUUAAGUCAUCCGUGACGCCAGUGCUGCUGCUUUGCCUGUGUAAGUCUCUGGGACAGGCCUUCAUGGACUGUUGCUGCUGUUGCUGUGAAGAAUGUCAACCAAGCAACUCUUCAUCCACCCAAAAUGUCGCUGAAGGAAAGCUCAAGACCACCAAUGAUGUGUCCUCCAUUUUUUUUGACAAAGCCAAGGACAGUUCAACCAUCUUGUCUAUUGGAAGCUGAGUAAGUGGAUUCUGUGCCUAAGUGAUGACAUCAUGAGAUGACAUGGAACCACACUUACAACCUACGUUCUUCCCAUCAUCCACAAGUGGCCAUCUUUACGUUAUUGUUAUGUUGGAGCAAGUUAGCAUUGUUCAACACAUCCAGUUUGCAAUUCUGCAUGGUUUAGGUACAAACUUAGUGGGUACAACAACAUUUUCAGUUCUAAGUUUGGCAUCUGAAGGCUAAUUCACUCUUAAUUAUGUUGAUAAAUCCGAUUUUUCCCUCUAUAAUAUCUCAGGAUGGCUCAAUGUACCUAUACAUUCUUAAAGGGAUAAUUCACCCAAUCAUUUACUCACCUUCAAGUCAUUCCAAACCUGUAUGACUUUUCUAUCUUCUGUAGAACACAAAAGAAGAUAUUUUGUAAAUGUCUCAAAGUUUUUUUGUCCAUACAAAAUGAUAGUCAUUGGGGUCCAGUGAUGUUUUGGACCCAACUGACUUUCAUUGUAUGGAAAAACAGUGGAAAAAGUCAUACAGGUUUGAAACAACACGAGGGUAAGAAAAUUAUGUCAGAAUGAACUAUCCCUUUAAUAUAUCACCAGGGUCUCCACUUAAGUCGUUGUACUUUUGACUUCAAAUGCCCCACAAUCAUAGUCCUACUUUUAUGUACAGACAAAUAUGAAUAUUUACACAUAGCUCCAUGUGUAUAAAUAUUUAGCUAAACACUCUGAGAUCAUAAAUGCAGUGAUUACUACCAUAUCACAAAUAACACUUCAUCUUCUUCAUAUAAUAGGAAAACUUGCAAAACAGAAAUGUAUGGUAUUUGUCUGUUACUCAGGCAAACAUUAUUUAUCACUAAUUUUAAUUAAUGCCACUUUUUCAUAACCACUGAACCAUUCAUCUACACUGUUGAUUGUCAACUUCUGUACUGUAUAUAUGCACUCAGCUGUAUUAGAAUGUAAAUAGAUCAUUUUUGAAAGCAAAUACCCUGCAAACUAGCUUUCCAACCCCCAUUAUGUAGUAUGGUAGUACAAAAAGACGGAAAUUGAAUGGCAUAUCUCCUCAAGGGACUAUUGUAACUUUUGCACAUAGCUGCUUUUAUAAGCAAAUUCUUUUAAAAGUCCAUAAACAGUUUAUAAAACUCUAUUAAAUAAAUGUCUUUAAAGAA